AUGGAUGCGCGAAAGCGCAAGAAGAAAAGCGAAGCGGAUAACGAUAACCAUUGGAAACACAAAGUGCGCCCAAGUGGUGACUACUACUUUAAAGUAAAACCCAAUAGUGAGGGAAGUACAGCAAAGGGGAGUAAUAAUGAUGGUGUAGCAUAUGACGUACCAAUGAGGUGGGUGGACAUAGAGGGACGUUCCUGGAUGAUAGGCGAUGCAGGGCGCUUAAGCGCGAGAAAGCGCGCAAGAAACGCGAGUCUCUACACCGCUUUAGCUCAUAAUAAUUUGACAGGCGCAGUGAUAGCCUCCAAGGAGCCUGUCAUCAUUGGCGAGGCCCCUCCAGCAGACUCUAUUUUCCCAAAUGCGAGGCAGAUGUUUGUUAACGGAACAUUUGAUUAUGGUGGCCCUCCACGCCUUCAAGCCAGCUCUGCCAUUACCAGGAAGAAGAAGCCAAAGGCCCCCGUGUCAGCGCACACUCAGGAUGAUGUUAUGGGUAUUGCGGCCAAAGACACCAUGACAACCAUUCGGAAAACCAACUUGCGUCCCGAGGUACUCAUACCUCCUCCAUCACGUCCAUUUAAGCUUGCAAAGCGACUCCCUACUAAACCAGUGCCAGCUCCCAUAGAAAUUCUGUCCAGUACAGAUGGUGUCGAGAAGCCUGAUGAGGAGCCUCUCGACUCGUCCAAUGGUGAAAUCCAUAGUGAGGAUAAUGCUGACUAUGGUGAUUUUUCACGUUCACGGAAACGGAAGCUUGAUACCGGAGUUGUACGAGCUAUGAAGAAGCGUGUACGACCAAUUGGGUUAGAGGAGGAGACGGCCAUUGAGAACAAGCCAGGUGCAAAAGCCGCAGGCAAGGCUCGUGCCAAAGGAGGGCGCUCGUCUCCUCUCACAGUAGGGUUCUCAGGAGACAAAGAACAGCAACCACAACCUGCUAUAGCUAAGUCUUGA